AUGUUAAUAUCAUUAUUCAUGUUUAAAGAUGAACAGGAAAAAGUUGAAAUCGAUUUGAAUGCCAAAGAACCAAAAAAACUGGAAUCCGGUGAAUUAAUAUUACCAUAUUCAAAAAAGAAAUGUGGUAUUAGAGUUGACAAUGUGUCACAUACAUCAUCUGAUAAAUGGACAUUAUUAGCUAAAACAAUUCCAGAUGAUUCAACUAUACUAGAUAGUGUAAUGGUACAAGUACACCAACAACCAAAAUUAAAUUUUCAAACAAUAUUUAAACAUGAAUUAGGUACAGCUUCAAUAAAAUGUUCAAACACAAAAAUAAGUAAUGAACCUACCUACUGUAAAAUGUACAAUGAAAAAAAUAAAAUCUUAUUGAAUUCAUGCAAAGAGAGCUUAUCAAUUGUUGUACGAAAUAAAACAUCAAUAAAAUGUAACACUUUAACAUGGGCUGUCUUUUCUCAAAGUAAAGAAACAAUUCUAAUUGAACCAAUUAUAAAAAAUGUAAAUGUUGCAAAAGGAAAUUUAACUGAAAAUAAUGAUUAUAUAAUAAUGAAUUGUCAACUUUCUGGAUUAACUGGCCCCUGUAAAGCAGAAUAUCCUGAUGGUUUAAAAAGUGUUUUUAUUACUGAUGGUUUAUUAAGCGGGCGUUUAUCAACUUUAGAUACAAGCAUUUCAACUGGUAAAUGUGUUCUUGAAAUCAAAAAACCAUUACAAUCAGAUGAAAUUGGUAUUUGGACUAUAUCACGUGAGGAUCAAGGAAGAUCAACAGGUUGUAUGUUUUAUGCUGGUGACGAUCAAACAAAAUUAAUAAAAAAAGCUGUUGAAAAAAUUGAACCAAUGCAAUAUAGAGAAAUUAUUAAUAAAACACAAACAUUCGAUAUAAAAUGUAAAGCACCAUUCCCAUUGGAAAUAUGUUAUUUAGUUGAUCCAAAUAAUGUUAUACAUUUUCCGGAUAAUUUUCGAUUUGAUAAAAGUAAAACAAUGGGCUAUUGUGAUUUUACAAUGAAAGUAGCACCAGGUGAAUAUAUUUGUGGAUUAAGUAACAUUAAUCUUUACAAAGAUGAAAUACGAUAUAAGCAUAUUGUACAUGUUGUUGAAGAUAUUGGUGAAGUAGUUACACCAUUGGCCAAAGUAGAUCUUGGACAAACAAUACAACUUUUAUGUCGUAUACCAUUUGAUGUAAUAUCACAUUGUGCCUUUAUUGAUCCAAUGAGAAAUGUUUAUUACAUAUCAAAUUAUUUUAAACAGCGUAAAGAUAGUCGUAUUACAUAUUAUGGUAAUGGUCUUGAACAAGGUCACUGUGGAAUUCGAAUUGAAAAUAUAAUAGAAGAUGAUAUUGGAAAUUGGAAAUGUCAAAUUAAAUCUGGUUAUAAUAGACAUUCAUCAUUUGAUAUUCAAAUUGAAUUGUUAUAUCGUUUAAGCGAAGCUUCUACAAUUGGUUUAGCAGUUGGUGCUGUUGUUAUUUUAGGAACAUUUUUAAUAUCAGCUGGAUACCUUUAUAGACGAAAACAAAUUUUAAGUCGUGAAAAUUCAGCAAAUGAAACAUUAGAAAUGGCUGGAAGAAGUAAUAAUGAAGAUAGGCACACUAGACGUGAAAGUGAAGAAAGUUUUACAAGUAAAGAAAGUUAGGAAAUUCUAAAAUCAUUGUAAAGGACACUCAACAAAUUUGAACUAUAAUUAUGUACAAUAAAAAUAUAUGUAUAAUUAAACAAUUUUAUAAAUGUAUUGUAAUUAAAUAUAUAUUUUAUAUGUACGUGUUAAUGAGCUAAAAUUAAUUAUUUUUGUCAUUAUAUUAAUAUUAGCAAGUAUGAAGCGAGUUUUUGUGUAAAUAUAUAAUAGAAAGA